AUGUUGAUGCAGGGCGGCAGUCCAGGCCCGGAGCGGCGGUACGGAGAGAACGAGGCAGCCAGCGACGUCGAGAUGCCACCGGCGACAAGCUCGACGCCCUGCCCCGCCCCCACCACCGCCGCCCACGACCCGCCCGACCAGCACGCUCAGCGGCCGCCGACGCAACCAACGCAACCCCCGAAGACCCGGUCUGUAGUAGUGUCCUUGACGCCGGCCCGCGAGCGAGAGACAUGGGCCAAGAAAGUGGAGUUCCUCCUGGCGGUUGUCGGAUUCGCCGUGGACCUGGGCAACGUCUGGCGCUUCCCCUACAUCUGCUAUCAGAACGGCGGCGGCGCGUUCCUGAUUCCUUACUGCAUAAUGCUGCUGUUUGGCGGCCUCCCCUUGUUCUUUUUGGAGUUGGCAUUGGGCCAGUACCACCGGUGUGGCUGCAUCACGCUCUGGAAAAGGAUCUGUCCUGCUCUCAAAGGCGUGGGCUACGCCAUCUGUAUGAUCGACAUCUACAUGGGCAUGUACUACAACACGAUCAUCGGCUGGGCGGUGUACUACCUGAUAGCCUCCCUCGCCUCCAUCAGCUCCUCGUUGCCCUGGACCAGCUGUGACAACGAGUGGAACACGCCUCUGUGUACACCAAUCACCUCACCACAGAUCUUCCUCAACGCCACCACGCCUGCCAAGGAGUUCUUCGAACGCAACGUGCUCGAGCAACACAAAUCCAACGGCCUUGAUGACAUGGGCCCCAUCAAGCCAUCGUUAGCUUUGUGCGUCUUCGGUGUCUUUGUUCUCGUUUACUUCUCGCUGUGGAAAGGAGUCCGAAGUGCUGGAAAGGUGGUAUGGGUAACGGCUCUGGCGCCUUACGUGGUCCUCUUAAUUCUGCUCGCAAGAGGAGUUACAUUGCCCGGUGCUACCGAAGGCAUACGAUACUACCUCACUCCCGAAUGGCACAAGUUGCAGAAUUCUAAGGUGUGGAUCGAUGCGGCUUCCCAGAUCUUCUUCUCCCUGGGACCUGGCUUUGGCACUCUUCUCGCCCUCUCCAGCUACAACAAGUUCAACAACAACUGCUACCGAGACGCUCUCAUCACCUCCUCCAUCAACUGCCUGACCAGCUUCCUCGCCGGAUUCGUCAUCUUUUCGGUUCUUGGGUAUAUGGCGCAUGUUCAAAACAAGAGCAUCGAAGAAGUGGGCCUGGAGGGUCCGGGUCUGGUGUUCAUCGUGUACCCGGAGGCGAUCGCGACUAUGACCGGUUCAGUUUUCUGGGCCAUAAUAUUCUUUCUGAUGCUGAUCACCCUGGGAUUGGACAGCACUUUCGGAGGUAUAUCCUUCCUUCUUAAUUGGUCCCUCAAUGCUAAGGAUCGUGACCACAUGACGUUCUCCUCCAUUGCGUGCGGCCGUAGGCGGUGUGAGGUAGGCUUGGAAGCCGUGACGACUGCCCUCUGCGAUGAAUACCCUCGCGUGCUGGGCCGCCAUAGGGAAAUAUUCGUGGCCUUCUUGCUGCUGUUUAUAUACAUCUGCGCUCUGCCCACCACGACUUACGGAGGCGUAUACCUGGUAGAUCUGCUGAACGUGUAUGGUCCGGGACUCGCCAUUUUGUUCCUGGUAUUCGCUGAGGCAGCUGGUGUCUGCUGGCUGUACGGCGUCGACCGCUUCUCAGAGGACGUUAAAAGCAUGCUGGGCCACACGCCUGGCCUGUUCUGGCGAACAUGCUGGACCUACAUCAGGUACGUGUACUUUAAUUACCCUGAGUUUAUAUACAAC